CCUCUUUAUAACCCGCAAUCCGUAAUCUGCGAAAUGAGGUUCCGAGCACGUAUCCACACAUCCAAAGAAGCGCAAGCCAGAUUGACGCUGGGCAUGGGCCGGACAACUUGCAUUGGCCUUGCACUGUGGACGUUCCAUCUGCAGGACAAGCUGGAGGAAGUCGAUACGAUUCUGGUACUGCUGCGAAGCUGGGUGGACGCGCUCGAUGCUUGGGUGUGUUGGAUGGAGGGUGUGCCAGGGAAGGCGGUGUGA